CGCGGUGACGAUUUCGCGCUGCGAUCAUCGACGCUGCUGCGAACGCGCCCGACCCCGACCCCGAGCCCGAGCCGAGCCGAGCAGACACCGCGCGCCGGUAUAGCCCCGCGCAAAAGUUGCCGCGCGCCGACGGCGUAUAGUCCGCCGCAAAAGUCGCCGCGGCGAAUUGGCGCGGCCCGCCGAGCGCUUUGAAUUAUAAGUUUGUUUUCUAGUUUGCAGAAGUGUCCAACUUGCACCGGUUCAUUUCUUCUGUUUCUCCCGAUCUCAAAAUCUCACCUGUGUAUUUAUUCUUUCCUUUUAAGUCGCACAAGUGAAGUUGAGCUAUAAGGAAAACUAGUUGAGCGACAAAAAGUAGACUUUACGUAAGCGCGACUCAACUUGGUCGCGCGGGUACUUUUGAUUGGCUCGCUGAGACGCGGGCUAUCGGUGAAGUAACACGGAAGAGGCAAGGCACAAGUAAAUAGAAUCCUCAGCCGGAUAAGGAGCAGGCUGCGAUAAGCAAGCUUCAGUCUUCGCUCUUCGUAGUACGCUGGGAUUUCUCACGGUGGAGUCAUCUCCCGGUCAUUUCACAAACGUCGCUCUCCCGUGAAGGAACACGAUAGUCUACUACAUAACAUGGGCAACUCCGGCUUGAAGCAGCACUAUGAGACCGCGAAGAAGACCGGCACACUAAAGCUGUCGCAGCGGAAGUUGGACGAGUUCCCGCAGAACCUCUGUGCUUUGGCGCCAUUGCUGCGCACCUUGGACCUGUCGGAGAACAAGUUCUUCGCGCUGCCGAACGACAUCGGUGAUUUCACGCUGCUGAAGCAGCUGAAUCUCAGUCAUAACCGAUUGACCGGUCUGCCCGGCUCGCUGGGGGCGCUCGUGAAACUCGAAGGUCUGAACUGCGCCGCGAAUCAGAUCGGCUCGAUCCCGUCGUCGCUCUCGAGGCUGAGCCACCUGAAGCAAGUCAAUCUGUCCGACAAUCAGAUCUCCGAGUUCCCGCUCAUGUUCUGCGACCUGCGCCACCUGGACGUACUGGACCUGUCGAAGAAUCGGCUUACCAUCGUACCGGACGCCGCCGCCGGUCUGCAUGUGACUGAGCUAAAUCUCAAUCAAAACCAGAUCACGACCAUCUCCGAGAGACUGGCGAAAUGCCCACGCCUAAAGACGCUACGAUUGGAGGAGAACUGCCUGCAACUGAGCUCAAUUCCCUUGAGGAUCCUCCAGGACUCCAAGGUCUCGGUGAUGGCGCUCGAGGGCAAUCUUUUCGAGAUGAAGCAGUUCGCGAAUCUGGACGGUUAUGAUACCUACAUGGAGCGCUACACCGCGGUCAAAAAGAAAAUGUUUUAAAGGACGAUUUUGCCACUGUGCUUGUUUACAGUGAUCGUUUGAUAUACGUACCAAACAGUAAACAGAUUCUAGAAAAUUAUCUCGAUUUCGACGAUGCAUAUGAAAACGGCCAAAUAUCAAGGUAAUAUGAUAUGCACCAGAUACAUGUUUUAAACAAAUUUGAUAUAUCACUGUGAUUGCACACAUCGUCAGAAUGGAGGUGAUUUGAUAUAAAAUUAUAGGCUGAUACGUUUAUUAAACGACCGGUAUAACAAAACCAAUUAGAUAGAAGAUAGAAAAACUCGAAGGUGGAAAUGCAUAUUUAUAUUAUGCCUUUACAUUUUGCGGGCUUGUUUAUAUCGAUUUGGAGUUUCCGACUGAUCGAGUUCUCAAAUCUUCAAAAGGUUAUACAGCGAAAAAUAAAAUUUUAUAUCCUAGAAGCUCCGCGCUAACUUUUAUGUGAAAGUAAUUCAUCCGUUGUAUAAUGCUUGUUGACAAAUUAUAAAUUUUAAUUAAAUGACAUUUCUUUACAUUUAUAUUUAUAUUUGUUAUUUCGAUUUUAAAUUCGAUGUAAAAACAACAUAAAGCACACAUGAGGGUAGUUAAAAUAACUUGUAAGAAACACUGAAACACUUUCAUUUAUGUGAUAUGUAUAUAAAACU